AAUGCUUAUUUUCAAUCGAAAGAGCAUGAAAAAACCUUUCCAAAAUGUACCUUGCCAAAUUUUUAUGUUUAAUAGUUUAAGAGUAAAAAAUUAUCGAAAUAAGCAUUACACCGUAAGACACCUGGAUCACUUGACAUGGAAUGCCUCAUAUAUAGACAAAAGUCUGAUUUUAUUAAUAAGGACUGUAGAAAGCUUGGAGCACGGGCGUGAUUCUUAUUUCAACAUCAAGAGUGUUGUUAAAUUAAUAAGCAAUAGAUUUUACACCAUUUAAGGGCGCCACUGUCUAUAUGCUCAUUAACCACUAUGUUAAAAUAACAGGCAACAAAAACAACACCACUUUUCUUCUGUGUUUAGUAAUUCGACCAUGUACCUGUAAAGAGAUAUAAAUAGUGUAGCGGACGGAUUGAUUUAUUGAAAUGAUUGAAUCGAAAUUAGCACUCGUGAGAGUAGAACAGGUAGUGGUUUGUUUAAGAGGCGAAAAUGGAUGGAGUGUCAUUUGUAUUAAAAGGGGGGAAAAUAACAAUCGUGAUAUAGAACCUUGGGAAACACUACAUGAACACUGACGUGAUGUUGUGGCAGGUUCUUAGGCCUAUUUGCAUUCGCGCAAUGUACAAUUUUACCAACCAGAAUGGUGCAGGAUCUUGGUCGAAGGGCCAACGCAUCGAUGGAAAAAUAUUACCAACAAGAACAGGCAAUUAUCGAUUCUCGAAUUCACUUGACUCAAGGUUCACCGUCGUGGUACCUGGCUGCUUCCCACGAGAUGAGUCCAGCUUCCCAGAAUCUUUCAAAGAGAGCCCUUAGGAUGGAGACCAUGGCAUUGAUGCUCGUUGAAUUACUCAAAAUGACUCCUGAGGAUGCUGUAACUCUUCUUCCUUCGGUGGGAAUCAAUGUAUGUAGUGGAAACGUGGCGAAUAGUUUACGCAUGGUCGCGGAAUGUAAAAAAGUUGAUCCCAGCUAUAGAACACACACAGGAAGAUGCAACAAUGCCCUGCAUCCUUCUUGGGGUGGUGCUCUUGAAUCCUAUACAAGAUUCCUGGCUCCAGAGUACGAGGACGGUGUGUCUCUACCAAAAUCACACCUCCCCAGUGCCCGGGAAGUUUCUACUAAAGUGCAUUCGGGUGGGCCCGAUCUGAAGCAUCCUUAUCUCAUGGCACUCACAGCCAUGUUUGGCCAAUUUAUUGCCCAUGACUUGGCACACACUCCACGAAUGGAGCUGCCGAAUGGCGAGAGACUGAAAUGUUGCGAUGUUGAAUUCGAGAAUUUCCAUCCGGAAUGCUUUCCAAUCCAGGCUGAAAAUGCAAUUGGAUGCAUGGAAUAUACCAGGUCAGCUCCUCAUCCAGGAAGUACGCUUGAGGGAUGUAAAUUAGGACCAAGGCAACAGAUAAAUCAAGCGUCGUCUUAUCUUGAUUUAUCAACAAUUUAUGGAAGCUCAGAGGAGACUUCGAAUGUCCUUAGAGCAAGAACUGGGGGAUUAUUGAAUACGCAGAGAAAAAAUUUACCAAUGGCAUCGAAGGACUCAUUAAAUUGUCGAAGUCAAAGUAAAGCCUUACCAUGUUUUUUCAGCGGUGAUUCAAGAAUUAAUGAGCAUCCUGGAUUGGCAUUAAUGCACGUUCUUUUUCUUCGUGAGCACAAUCGAAUAGCACAGAAACUUGAAAAAAUUAAUCCACAUUGGGACGAUGAGAAACUUUAUCAGGAAACGAGAAAAAUUGUCAUUGCCGAAAUGCAACAUGUGACUUACAAUGAAUUUCUUCCUGUCAUCAUGGGCGAGAGUCUUCUAGAUAAAUUCGACUUGCGUUUAACUCCAGGAGGAUACUUUCGUGGAUAUGAUUUUCGCGUGGACGGCACAAUGACGAAUGCAGCUUCUUCGGCAGGAUUUUCAUUUUUUGUUGCAUUGACACCAAAGACUCUUGAUCUUGUUGACUCACGAUCUGCUCAGAAGUCCGGUGAACGAUCGCUUCUUUCUGCUUUUUAUGCACCACAAGAGCUUUACGAGGCUGGAGCAAUUGAUCGAUUAAUCGCUGGAGCAACUGCGGGACAUUCCAGAAAGCCAUUUCCGCCAGGAAUAAAUGAGAUUCUUUUGGAUCGAUAUUUUCACGAUGGAAAGACAAAUGAUGUUGCUGUUGACUAUGCUGCUCAAAUGAUUCAACAAGGCAGAGAUCAUGGCUUGGCAUCUUAUACCAAAUGGAGAUCAUUCUGCGAUCUUCCAAAUGUCGAUGAGUUCUUCGAUCUUAAAGGAACAAUGUUAUUAGAAACUAUUGAUAGAUUACAACGAGUUUAUAGCAAGGUGGAAGACGUGGAUUUGGUAACUGGGGCACUUUCUGAAUUACCUAUAGAAGGUUCAGUUCUGGGUCCAACCUUCCUCUGCUUAUUGGGCAGAACUUUCAGAAAUGCACGUCUAGGGGACAGAUACUGGUAUGAAAAUGAACACACUCCAGGUUCCUUCCUACCAAAGCAAGUAGAGGAAAUUAAAAAAACCACAAUGGCGAGAUUAUUAUGUGAUAAUGGUGACAGAUUACAACGAGUUCAACCUAGAGCUUUUAUUUUAAAGGAUCCAUUCCUAAACGAGAUGAGUGACUGCUCAAUUUAUGAAUCCAAUGAUUUAAAUUUGAUUCACUGGCAAGAGAGAGAAACGUCGAUUUAGGUAUUCACAAGUUUCCAGGUAAAUAAAUUGCCUGAUUGCAGAUUGAAGUGCCAACAAAUAUUUAAGUCAUGAGAUGAGACAUCAAGAAAAAACGUUUAAGAUAACAUUCUAAUCAGAAUCAGAUUCAAACACUUUUCGUGAGCAUGUUAUUUUGCUUUUACUGUUAUAAAUGAAGUGUUAAAAUAUUUCAAAGUACGGAAUAGAGUGAAAAAGUGUCCCAACUUCGUGUAAAAAAUUUUGAAGCAAAGCAGAUAUAUAUAGGAUAAAGGAAUCAAUAAUCGAGAAAGAAGUAUUUUUAGAUUAUUCUAAUGUUUAUCAAGUGUGCACUGCAAAGCACUGGAUGACAUUAUGAUCGACAAAUGGAUACGUCUCGGAAAUUGGUUCCUUCAUAUUAUUUCAUAAAACUAUAUUUUUGAUUAAACUUUUUUUUUACAUAAGCAAUGUUUUAACUGAUGUAAAUUAUUAUAAUUAGACAAUCUCCUAUAUUUAAUAUUGAAUAUUAUUUAAUAGAAUGUAUAUAUAAUUCAAAAUAACUUAUAAAUUUAUUAUAUAUUGAAUGUAUCAUACUUUAUUAAAUUAAUGUUAGAUUUAUGAUUAAGUCUAAAGUAAGCGCCUUAACCAUUUUAAGAUUACAAAUUUGUUGUUAUUAUUAACUCUUUAAGGUGCGUUUAAUUAUUCUUCGGGUGUUUUUUGUAAAACAUGUCAAUGACGGCACUAAUGUUAUAUAAUUAAUGUAGUAUUAUUAUAUUUAUUAAUGUUAAUAGGAAAAUAAAUUAAAUAUUGUUUAUUAUUAUCUUUUAAAGUUUUUAUAUGUGGUGGUAACUUAAGUGGAAUAUGGUUUAGUGUGAAAACCGUAUUAGGAGGUUACGGUGAAUACAUUUUGCUUAUUGUGAAUACAUGUUUUAAAACUUUUGAAUUAAAGAUUUCUAAGCAAAGUUCAUAAUAUUUAUGAAGAGCGUAAGUGACAUGCAGUAUAAAAAUGCCUAUUGCGAGAAGAAAAUACGACAUUUUGAGAAAAUAUUAGAAAACGAAAUGUGACAGGUAGAUUGUAAAAUGUUGAUCGAUUACCAUAUACUUUACUGUGCUUAAAACAUAUUAUAGAUUAGAAGUAUAUGGUAAUUACCAUAUACUUAAUUAAUCGAUCAACAUUUUACAGUCUACCUGUCACAUGUCGUUUUCUAAUAUUUUCACAAAAUUUCGUAUUUCCUUCUCGCAAUCGACAUUUUUAUACUUCAGGGCACUCAUGCUAUUCAUAAAUAUUCUCAACUUUGUUUAGAAAUCUUUAAAUCAAAAGCUUUAAAAAAAUGUAUUCACCGUAACCUCCUAAUAAGGUUUUCACACGAAACCGUAUUCAGCCUAAGUUACCACCAAUACUAUCUACUAUUCUAAAUAUUUUU